GUCAAAUAGCAGGGUUGGUUUCUAAAUUUGAAAAUUUAUUUUAAUUGUGGUCAGAUCAGUUACCUAUGAAGCACUGGUUAUUGACUUUCUGAAGAGAAAGCUAUUGAGAAAGAUAGCUACACAUACCUCAACUCCUGACUCCAUCCAGAUUAGGCAUCGAGAAUUGCUCUAUCCAUUUCUUUCAUACUACUGCAGGCAAAGACUAUUUGUAUCAGAUCAGAUACAGUUGAAACAAUCUUGUCAUGUGAAUUAUUUUGACUUACCUUUCCAAGAACAAUGGAGCAGCAGAACAAUAUUUUUGAUAUUGAGCUUCUGUCAUUAUGUCGCCGUCUUGAAAGCAAAUUGGUCAAUAAAUCUCCAAUGUCACUUGGCAGCUGCAUAUAUAGAGUUCCUAGUACACUUCGAAAACACAACGAGCAUCUUUUCGAGCCAAAUUUUAUUUCAAUUGGUCCAUAUCAUCGAAUUAAUGUAGAGAAAUUCCAAUUUACAGAGAGAAUUAAACUUUGGUACUUGAAUUGUAUUAUUGCUAGAGCACCGAUUGAUACUUCUGGUAAAACAAGAUUGCAAUCUUUUGUGGAAUCAAUUAGACCCCAUGUAAAGAGAUGUCGCGAAUGCUAUAGCGAAGAAGUGCAAAUACAGACUGAUGAUGAUGAAUUCAUUGAAAUGAUGAUAAUUGAUGGUUGUUUUCUUAUUGAGUUAUUCCGCAGGUUUGCAAAAAUAGUACAACCAAGUGAAGAUGACCCUUUGUUUAAACUGCCUUGGUUGCCAAAAAUUCUAAUGACAGAGUUACUGUUACUUGAGAAUCAACUUCCAUGGUUUGUCUUGCACAGGUUAUUUGAUCUCACAAAGGUGGAUCACGGCGCAGAAACUCGCUCCCUUGUUGAGCUUGUUCAGCAUUUUUUCUUUUGGAAUGCUUUGAGAGCACAAAGUAUUGGAGUAAACUCAAGUAUGGAAUAUAAGCAUUUACUUGAUGUCCAGGGAAAUAUAAUUCUUUCUGGAAGCGAUGAUGCUGGGGGAUAUUUUUUGCGAAUUCCUUGUGUGACUGACCUUCUGAAAGCUGGUAUUGACUUCACCGUUGGAGAAAAGACGAAACUAGUGAAGAUCAUAUUCGAAAAUGGAAUCUUGACAAUUCCACCAUUAGUAAUUUUAGAGAAUGCAGAAUCUUUAUUUCGCAACCUUAUUGCAUAUGAGCAAUGUGACAGAAGUCUAAGAGAUAGAAUUACAGGUUAUGCUGCAUUUUUAGACAAUCUUAUCAAGUCAAGUGAAGAUCUUGAGUAUCUCAAGAAAAAAGGAAUCGUAUAUUUUUAUUUGAGUGCAGAGGAUAUAUCUAAUUUCUUCAACAGACUCUACAAAGAUGCUGAUCUUGUAAAUUACACUUACAGAAAGCUUUCAGAAGACGUCAAUGCAUACUGUGAAUCUCUUUGGCCUCGAUGGCGAGCAAUGCUAUUAAGAGAUUACUUAAACAAUCCUUGGUCAACUAUGGCUUUUAUUGCUGCCACUGUAAUUUUAGUUCUCACCUUCUUACAAACACUUUAUGCCAUCCUUUAUCACUAAGCAUCUAGCUCUUUUUAUGUUCAUUCACUUAGUUUGCCCAUUGCCUGCUUUCUCUGGCCUGCAGUCGCUCUUCUCUAUGUUUUUCUGUAUUUUUAGUUUUUAUCUUCAAAUAAUGGGUGGUUUUUUGAGAUCUGACAUGAAGUUUCACGUCAAUCUUCUCUUUUAGGCAGAGCAUAUAUUUUAUAGUUUGGCUUAAUUGUGUGCAUACCAUGAUGAUGGAUUUGUAAAUUGUAGUGUUUUUCAAAUAUGAGAAAUCAGAUUGUGUUCUAAUGGCGGA